UCCAAAUCAUCCAACUCUCCCUCUCUCCCUUCUCUCUCUCUCUCUCUCGCCCAUUUGGAAAACAGUCUCUCGCAGGUGGUGUUCUUAUUCAGGUCGGGACCUUAGGGUUUCGGGACGGCAAUCUAUUCGAAUUGGUGUAUCUAAAUGAGCGAUAGAGAGACUUUAGGGUGUGAUCGGUGAAAGUUAGGGUUUUGGGAUUUGAAUAUAGAGCGUUGUCGAUUAGUCGAUCUGGGAAUGGAUUCCAAGGAUUCUUCUUCUUCGUCGUCGCCGUCUGCGGAGGACGAGACCGUUCUGUCUGCCACCGCGGGGCUCGCCAGUUUGGCCUUCCAUUCGGGGAAGUUUUCGGAAUGCGUGGAUAUAUUGAAUCAGCUCUUGCAGAACAAAGGAGACGAUCCCAAGGUUCUUCACAAUAUUGCUAUUGCAAGAUACUUUCAGGAUGGGUGUUCAGAUCCCAAAAAGUUAUUUGAAGUACUUAAUAAUGUUAAGAAACAAAGUGAUGGGCUUGCUCAUGCAUCUGGAGAACAUGCAGAGGAUAUUAGCAAUGUGGGCAACAACACUGUAUCAGGAUCUAAAGGAACUAAUAAUGUGGCGAAUCAGUUCUCUAGUGCAAGUAGUUCACAUAUUGUUUAUGAUGGUGACUUAGACACUUCUGUGGGGAUGUUAAAUAUAGCAGUUAUCUGGUUCCAUCUUCAUGAAUAUGCAAAGGCGUACUUGAUUUUGGAUUCUUUGUAUCAAAAGAUUGAACCAAUGGAUGAGGCAACUGCUCUUCAUGUAUGCCUUCUGUUCCUGGAUGUUGCAUUAGCUUCCCAUGAUCCAUGGAAAUUUGUUGAUGUAAUUAAUUAUGUGGAGAAAGCUUAUUGUUUCAGUUUGGUCACUCAGAGUGACAAUGGAAGCUCUGCACAGCAACAAUCUUCCUACUUAGUGACGAAAUCUUCUUCACUUCCGAGCAAUUCUACUGCCACAGAUGUUUCUAUUAUUGAUUCAGUCGCUAACGCGAAUGAAAGUCUUUUGUCUAGAACUUUAUCAGAGGAGAAUCUUGAAUCCCUAAUUUCAUCAAUUGACUUGAGUGGACAGAACCUAGCAAGACCAUCCGGCCCUCAAUCCUCAAAUGAUCUUUCAAGGACCCCUGCCGAUCAUUCCAUUUCAACUGGUGAUCUGAGACUUAAGUUACAACUUUACAAGGUUCGGCUUCUGCUCUUUGCUAGGAACUUCAAGGCAGCUAAGCGUGAAGUUAAGAUGGCUAUGGCUAUGAAUGUAGCACGUGGGAAAGAUUCUUCUGUGGCUCUUCUGUUGAAGUCCCAGCUUGAGUAUGCUCGUGGGAACUACCGUAAAGCCGUCAAGCUCUUGAUGGCUUCAAGUAAUCGAACAGAAUUGGGGAUUUCAAGCAUAUACAACAACAAUCUAGGUUGCAUCUAUUAUCGACUUGGAAAAUAUCACACAUCAAGUGUAUUCUUUUCCAAGGCGCUGAGUAAUUGUUCAUCACUCCGGAAGGAAAAGCUUGUAAGGCUCACAACUUUUUCACAGGACAAAUCUCUCCAAAUUAUAUAUAACUGUGGAGUGCAGUACUUGGCUUGUGGGAAACCAAUACUUGCUGCUCGCUGUUUCCAAAAGGCAAGUUUAAUUUUUUACAGCUGGCCUCUAUUGUGGCUCCGAAUUGCUGAAUGCUGUCUAAUGGCAUUGGAAAAGGGACUUGUGAAAUCUGGUGUGUCCCAUUCUGAUAGAUCAGAGGUUAAAGUUCACGUUAUUGGAAAAGGAAAAUGGAGACAACUUGCUCUGGAAGAUGGGAUUUCAGGUAAUGGACAGGUGGAUUUUGUUGAAAAAAAUGAUUGGUUUUUUGGUGAUAAUAAACACCCCAAUCUCUCAGUGUCUCUUGCCCGGCAGUGUCUGGUCAAUGCCCUGUACUUGUUGAACCGUUCAGAAUCAAAAUAUUUGAAUUCUGGUUCACCUCAUAGUUCAACGUUUGAAGAAAAUGAUGAGAGUGUAUCUGAUGGUGAUUCCAAGCCACCUAAUCCGGUGGUGGGCUCAGGUCCAUUUAAUGCAAAUGGGGAUGCUAAAGAUCAAAAGGGUGGAAACAGUGCCAACACCGCCUUACAGAGCUCCAUAUUGGAUUAUGAAGAAAUUUGUAGAAGAGAGAAUCAGAUGAUCAAGCAAGCUCUUCUUGCUGACUUGGUAUAUGUAGAGUUGGAAUUAGGAAAUCCUUCGAAGGCCCUGUCGAUAGCAAGGUCUCUCUUAGAACUUCCAGAAUGUUCCAGAAUCUACAUCUUUCUUGCCAAUAUAUAUGCAGCGGAAUCUCUCUGCCUGCUAAACCGGCCAAAGGAAGCGGCUGAGCAUUUGUUGAUCUAUUUGUCCAGUGGAAGCAAUGUUGAACUUCCAUACACAGAAGAGGACUGUGAACAAUGGCGAGCGGAGAAAAAUGUGGAUUGUGAUGAGUUGAAUGGCGGGUCGUUGACUGCCAAUAACUCUUCACUCGAUGAAUCGCAAGAUGUUGUGUUCCUCAAGCCCGGAGAAGCAUGUGGGACUGUUUAUGGAAACCUAGCCACGGUGUUCGCAGUGCAAGGAGAUCUUGUGCAGGCUCAACGGUUUGUGAUGCAAGCUUUGUCCAUAAUACCCGAUAGUCCAGAAGCCAUUGUGACCGCUAUUUAUGUGGAUCUCAUGAUUGGGAAGACGCAAGAAGCUCUCACCAAGUUGAAACAGUGUAGUCGUAUUAGAUUCAUCCCUGGCAGUUUAACGGUAAAUGGCUCCUGUUGAUGGUUGUGUUGGUUUUUAGGAGGUAGGUCAAAAAAAAAAAAAAAAAAAUCCUUUUUUACAAAAGGAUUUGUAACAUAUAUAUAGCUUCAUCCCAGGGAAUAAAUUUUUUUUUUUUUUUAAUUUACAUUUUUAUCUUCUAAAAAUUUUCAAUUGUAGGAUUCGGUGAAUGGUGGUGCGGUGCCGAAAUUAUAUUGGUAGUUGCAAAAAUGGCCACCUAUAAGAUUUGAGGUGUAGUUCUGAUUCACAGAAUAUUUUUGUUUUAGUGGAUAAAAUCUAGAUGGUAAUUCAAGAUUGUAGAAUGUAGAGGCCAUGUGAUUUUCUCGAGAAAAUGAACUUCUGAAGGAAAUUCAAUCCUAGAUGUUAAUGCAAGGUCAUUUAUUUU